AUGACGGCGAGCGAAACUACGUAUGCCUCCUUCAGGACGUUGAAAAUUCCUGCACAGGUAACCUGUUUGGCAGCUGGUGGAGCUGGCCAGUUGACAGUGGGCUCAGAUGACGGCUCAGUUCGUAUUUACGACCUUUCCACACUCAAGGUCGUAAAGGCGAUUCGAGGAUUAGCGUCUGUUUCGUCCGUUGUCUGGCAACCACAGAAUGCAUCACAACCUGACUGUCUCUGGCUGGCAUCCGGUCGAUCGGUGGUAGCAUUCACCAUGGAUACAGACAAGAUGAUCUUGACCAUGUCAGAUGCCCAUCUAAAGUUGGAAGUGGGCUCUGGUGAUGAUGAUGCCGUUAACGAGCUCACUAUGAAUAAAAAUGGGAGCCAGGUAGCAUUCUGUCUGGACUCGGGGGUCGUCGGAGUCAUAAAUCUCUGUAACAACGAGGUAAGUCGGAUGAGGAACGGCCACGGCACUGUAUGUGGGUCCGUCAGGUUCGUUCCAAAUCGUCCGGGGGAAUUGGUCAGCGGUGGCUAUAAUUCCACUCUCCUUCACUUCGACAUACUUCAAAGCAAAUUGUUAUCUCAAGAUGAUCUCCCCCCCAGUGGUAUAUCCAUAGGUGCUAUGGCCCCGUCAUCAGGUCUAGCCAUGUCGCCGCCUUUCAUAUUGUCACUCGACAUUUCACCUACAGGGGUACUCGCUGCGGGCACUGCGGAUGGUCGCAUAUACGUUGGUACAUCGGGGGAAGCUGGAGCGGGCGGUGGGCGGCAGAACCGAAGACGAAAGUGGGAGGGGUUGAGGUCGGAUGGAAGAAUUCUUCAGGAAGUCGCUCAGGGGCCCGUCACUGCGCUGGCCUUCACCUCCCCUCGAGAGCUCCUGACGUGUACGCUCCUAGGUUCUGUCGCCAGUCACGAAAUUUGCGGGCCGGUAAGCAAUGGUGGUCAGCUAACCAUCAGGUCUACGUGGAACCGCAACGCUGGAGACAUUUUCAAAGUAAAUGCUAUGGUUGUGUGGUUCCAGAAGGACGGAGCAGGAGUUAUUGAAAUAUGGGAAGAAAUGGGUACAACUGGUGCCGACCUGAGCACUAAAAUCAAUUGUGAAUAG